UCGCCCACGCCGAGGUGCUGACACAUAGCGCGACGCCGGGCAGACCGAGCGACCGUCUGCACGACGUGCCGAUCGCCCCCUGAUGGACAAGCAGUGUAGUGCGACCAUCCACAACGGCGCCCUGGUUUCGACCCGCAAGGGCAUGGUUAUAUCAAAGUCCCAGCACCAAGGCACUCGCUUCGUCAACACCUUUGCACCUGCCACGACCAGGCCCCCAGCCGAUCCGGACAGAUGGCACUCGAAAUCACAACCGCAGGAUGAGGCGCUGCGGUACCAUGAGGGAACAUCACAGGCCCACGCGCAUCUGAACACCCCUCCACAGACGGCCACGACACCGAGCUCAGUCGCCACGCCAGCGCCCAUUAUGAGGAGAAGUGCAGAGGUCCCCUCGACACCCAUGAGCAACGUGAGCGAGCAGGAUGAGCAAAGGCCAGGCACCAUACGUCAGCACCAGCAGUCGCUACACAUACCAUAUCUGCGGCCGCCUGUGCCCAAGGGACAACCAAGCCAGAGUCCAGUUGGCUUGACGGGCUGGCCUCCGCCACCUGACCACAAUGCGCCCCUGGCUCAGCGACUGGUUCAGCAGUAUCUCCAUAAUGUGCCCCCGCGGUCUUACACAUUCGAGGCAAUCGCCCUCGUGGCCUCUCUGGCCAAUGGAGGGGGCAGCGUACCACCGUCGGAGCUUGGACAAUCGAUAGCGCAGGUAUGCGCCUCCAUGAACAAGGACAUCUUGCUGGGCGACGAGGAUGGCUCGAGGAGCGAGGCGGCCGUCGUGGAGUCCAUCGCCGCCAUGGCCCUGGAGGCCACAUAUAGCGGGCGGCAGGACCACUGGCACGUCCUGAUGAGAGGAUUGCGAGACAUGGUGGAUCGAGGUGGUGGCAUGAGGCCGGAGUGGGGAGUCAUCCUCAACAAGGUGCACAAGGCCGAUGUCAAGGGCGCUGCACAUGCUGGGAGCAGCCCCUAUCUCGAAUUUUCCAAAAUGUUCCCGCCCAUAUCGGAUGCGCUGUCGCCGCAUAGGCGAGCAGAGCUUGCUGUCCGCGCACACCACCUACUCUCAGCGUGUAGUAUUGCUCUUGCCAACAUUGAGUCGAUACAGGGGCUGGCAUUUUUUACACAGACGAUCAUUGCGGCGCGGCACGGCACGCAUCCGCAGUCGAUCCUCGUCGACCCAGCAAGCUUUGCAGAAGAUUGUUUGCAGGUCGAACAUCAGCUUGUGCGCAACCCCAAAGCCCUGCGGGACGACAUGGCCGAAACAGAGGCACUGUUGCGAGUGGCGGCAAACCCGCUAGACCCGCUACUGCGGAUAGCAGCCAUAUUAUACAUUGAGGACUUACUACCUGACGCCCAUUCGGUGGACCUAUACACCAUUCUACUCACGGCCCUCAUACACCAGUCACGGAUCAUCUUACAAAGGAAGACAUACCCAGAAUCCAGCCCGAGCCCCCUCCCUGACGCAACCGCCGUGCGUCCGCUCCUGCUGUGGACGUGCAUGGUAGGCCACGCGAUUGUGACCUUUACCAACGCGCAAAAGGGCACCGUGCUGGACUUUGCCGUCUUUGAAGACCUGGCGGCCGUGACCUUGGGCGACAGCUCAGGCGCGGCGCCGGCAGACGCAGAGGAUGAGGAGAACGAGCUUGAUCUAUGCGAGCUCCUGCCAUUGGGAGAACUUAGGAGUGUUAAAGGAUGUGAUGAGGAAGCCAUGCUGAGACAGCUCGUCGCGGCACACGAUGCGCGAGAAGCUUGGCAUUGACUCUACGGAGCAGGGCAGCUGCAUACCCUAUACUUGACAUAUAAGCAUGAAGAUGAACAUGAUAGCUCGUCAAUUAGGCGGACAAAUCGUCCCCCGAUUGCGUGGACACGCACAACAAAUCAUUU